UUUUGUCUUAGUGUGAGGGUUGGUAGUAGUAGUAGUAGAUACUAACACAGAGAGAAGAGAAAUGAGGGGUCCUUUGGGGGCAAUCAUAGGGAGGUACCCUGCAAGCGAUGGAGAUGCUCAGAUGGAUGGGAUCAUAAAGCACAACAGAAAGUGCAGAGAUGUUGUGUUUCUCAUACUUUUCAUCGCCUUCUGGAUUGCAAUGAUCGUUAAUUCUAGUCUUGGAUUCAAUCAAGGCAACCCAUUAAGGCUAACAUAUGGGCUGGACUACAAAGGAAAUGUUUGUGGGGACAAACAUGCGGAUCCUGAUCUUCGAGAAUUGGAGCUUAGGUACUGGGUAAAUCCCAACCAGGUUUAUGAAAGCGGCCUGAAAAACGGCCAGUUCAAGCUGGCUAAUGCCAGGAGUAUCUGCUUGAUGGAGUGUCCCAUCCCAGCUGAAGACUCUCUCAAUUGGAUCUGCGAUUACCCAGACGGAGAUAUUCACAUUUCUAUGAAUGACUGGAUAGAUAGGAAUUAUGAUUAUUUUGAGUUCCUUACGCCGGAUAUGAGGAACAGCUCCCUUCAACUUCAAGGUCCAUGCUACCCUGUUAUAUUCCCAAGCAUUAAUGUUUUUUGGAGUUGCCAAAUUAUUGCACGUGCAUCAAACAUGUCUUUGCGACAUUGGCAGCAGAUGGGUGGUGUAAAUAUCAACGAAGACAUCAUUAUUGAUAAGUCUAUUCACAAAACCAUCAAUUCUCGAUCAGCUGUCUUAAAGAGAUAUGUGGCUGAUAUUGGGAAGGCAUGGCCAGUUUUGAUUGUUUGUGGAGCAAUCAUGCCGCUGUUUUUGUCAGUGAUCUGGCUAUUGAUGAUUCGGCAUUUUGUUGCGGGAAUGACAUGGAUAACGGUUAUCCUCUUCAAUGUUCUCAUAAUAUCAGUCACAAUGUUUUAUUACUUGAAAGCUGGCUGGAUUGGCAAUGAUGCCAUCUCCCCCAUCAUUGGUGAGAGUGAUCCAUACUAUAAUGUUUCCGGGAGGGAGCAAAAUCACCUUCGUGCUGUUUCUGUUCUUAUGACCAUUAUAAUGGGUAUUGCUAUUCUUUCAUCUAUUGCCAUUGUCAGGCGCAUCCUUAUGGCAACAUCUGUCCUGAAGGUUGCUGCGAAGGUCAUUGGAGAAGUUCAGGCUCUCAUAAUAUUUCCUGUUAUACCAUAUACUAUCCUUGCGAUAGUUUACAUGUUCUGGUUUUCAGCGGCUCUCCAUCUGUUCAGCUCUGGCCAGAUUGUUCAGAAUGACUGCAAUUCCAAGUAUUGUGCUUAUGAUCUUGCUUCUAAGCAAGUGAGCUGUGGUCACUGUGGUUAUAGCAUUCAUUAUACUCCUUAUAUUGCAGUUGCCAUCCUUUUUCACCUAUUUGGCUGUUAUUGGGCCACACAGUUUUUUAUCGCAUGUUCCUCAACUGUAAUUGCGGGAUCUGUUGCUUCUUAUUAUUGGGCUCGUGGUGAAAUCUCGCCAGAGAUUCCAUUUCUUCCAGUGUUUUCAUCAAUGAAGCGGCUCAUGCGAUACAGCCUAGGUUCUGUGGCCAUUGGUUCUUUGGUUGUAUCAUUUGUUGAGUCAGUCCGCUACAUACUUGAGUUCAUCCGCCGUAAGUUUAAAGUUGCAAAUGCCACGCCUGAAAGCUGUAUUGGCAAGGUUGGCUUUCAUUCUUCUCAGAGCUGUCGUGGGUGUAUCGACUGGACUGUGAAGUCCGUGAACCGCAAUGCCUACAUAAUGAUUGCCAUAAUGGGUAAAGGAUUUUUCAGAGCUUCUUCAAUUGCAACAGGGUUGAUCGUGAAUAACAUUCUUCGGAUUGGUAGGGUGAAUGUGAUAGGGGAUGUGAUUCUCUUUCUUGGGAAGUUGUGUGUCAGCCUCUCCAGUGCUGUGUUUGCAUUUCUCAUGUUAGAUACUCAUAAAUAUAGAUCUGCCCACAACAAGAUAUCCUCUCCACUGUUCCCUGUUCUGGUGUGUUGGUGGCUUGGCUAUGUUGUUGCAACUCUUUUCUUUGCGGUAGUGGAGAUGUCAAUUGACACCAUCAUCCUGUCUUUCUGCCAAGAUUCCGAGGAGCAUCAAGGGAACGCCCAGUAUGCCCCUCCUCUCCUGCUUGAGACCCUUAAUGAUCAAAGUGAAAUGCAGAGACUCACUCAAGGAUCUUCAUGAAACAGUGCUAUGUACGUCCCUCUCACAUUUCAAAGAAAUUAGGAAGCAGAAGGCUUCAUAUAUUAACAGUUCUGUUGAUGUCAUCAGGUUGGCUACAUGUUUUUGCUUGUUUCCUGUAAGUUUCUUCCCCCCCACCCUCUGCAUUUUUGGUUUCAUUUUCUUCAUUGUAUAUACUGACAUUAUAUUUAAGCAAAAAAAAAAAAAAAAAAAA